AUGAAAUCUUUCGGUGUUAGUUCCCUUCUAAAAGUCAUUUCAAAUAAAAUCAUUAGUACAAUCAAAACUUCUUCUUAAUUGAAAUAAAUUCUUAGGAACAAUAAUUCUUCCUCCUUUGGAACGACAAGAUGUUCGAAUAUCAUUGAUACUAACAAUAAGGUGAUAGAGGGAUUUAUUGGAUUCGGUAUCUUUUAUUGCUAUGGAAUGUAGGAGUCUAGAAAUGGGUUAAUUGUCAACAAACUAACUAUAUUAUUUAAAUUCAUAAUGAAUAAUAGAAUCUUUAGAUUUUAAAAUACUAAUAUUUUAGCAUAAGCAUUAACUAAUAAAAUUCAUGAGUUAGAGUAUUAAUCUAAAAAAGGGACUAAAUAUCCAUUUGGAAAUAAUGAAGAAUUUAUUGUGAUUGGUUAAAUGAUCUUAGAAUUUUAUUUCUCCGAUUAUCUGAUGUAGAGAGGCUAUCCCAAAAAAGAUUCCUCUAUUAAAAAGCCUAGUGAUCUCGUCUUAUUGAGAUAAAGACUAUUAAAUGAUAAAAACUUAGCAGAAAUUGCUAUAUAAUACAAUGUUCACAACUUUGUGUAAAUAGGUAAUCAAACAGCUUUAAAAAAGAACUCUAAAGUUUUGGCUGAAACACUUAAGGCUAUGGUGGCAGCAUAAUAUUACGAUUCCGGGUUCGAUUUAGAACAUACUAGAGAGAUUUUAUAAUCUAUAUUGAAAGAACUUUUAGACAAAGGCUAGAACGUUCCAAUUGCUGAAUUAAAGCAAAAUCCAAAGACGUCAUUCCUCGAAUACAUUAACAACUAAACAGAUCUAAUUCCAAAGGUAUCAGUGGAAUGGAAAAAAGAUGAGAAUUCAAUAAAUGUAUACAAAAUAUAAUUAGAAUUGGAUUCUUAUAUAAAUAUUACUAAAACAGGAGCAAACAAAAGAUAAACAGAAUAACUUGUUUAUCAGGAAGCUUUGAAAUAAAUUAAAUACAAAUUAGCUAAUCAAAAUCAAAUGUUAAAAAAAACCAAGAAAAAUAAUCCUUUGAAUAAAGCUCUAUAAUAUACGAAUUAGAUAACUCUCUUAAAGAUGAGAGCCAAUAUUUUCAAUUUUCAGAAUAUCAUGAAUUUAGUAAAUCAGAUAUAAACGAAUCAUUGGGUGACAAGGUAGAGCAUCUGCUCGAAAAAUUAGCAUUUUGAAAAGUAAUAUUUAUAAACUAAUACUCAAAACUUGAUUUUUCAAUUUAUAUAAGAAUUUUCAAUACAAUUUCAUAAUUUAAUCUGA